CCUGGAAACCCACCUUUUGUGUCCUACACUGUAGAGAGAGUGGUUAUUUGUCGGGAGGCCGGUGCAGCAUCUGAAGAUACAAGUUUGGAAAAUGAGUCGCCUACAACUCAGAUUACGAUUGUUGGGAUGGAUGGUGAAUGCGAUGUGUUGGAUGCUAUGAGAAAAUUGCGUAUUAGGUGACGAUGUAUGCUGUAGAAAGGAAUUUCAGUCGGCCCGACCCCCCGGGGGUGGGGGAGUAUGUGGUCAUAUUUGUCUGUGACACUCAAUGUAGCUACAGUGGUACGAUGAGGCGGUUCAGACGUCCAGACGUUUCUUCUAUCAUAACUAGUACGCUCAAUGUAAAUCCUCCCUCUUCCGAUCUCCACCAUGGAUAUGUCGUCGAUCAGGCGAAAUAUCAAGAAUCCUACACACGACGUUUUCGGCCGCUGUCAAAAUACUGGCAGACAGGUACAGGACAGCAUCCUCUACGAGUACUAGCAAACCACGAGGGAGCACAGGCGAUGGAGAAAUUUCGUCUCUCCGAUCUUGCCCAACGGGCACGGAACAAAACAGAUACAGCACUUUACACCUGUGACGCCCACGAGCACCUUGGGAAUAUGCACAGGUACAAUGCUGCUGCUGCCCAUUGUAUCUUUACCGACAACAACAAGAAGACUGUCCCAUUUUCUCAUGAUCUACACUGUCUCCACGCACAAGAGGCCACUUUUUUUGCAGAGCGCAUCAUCACAGACGCGAUAGCGCACCGUGACCCGCACGUAUGGCUUAUAUUUGGACGUGACUCUCACGUCAGGGUUGGGAUCAAGGAUAGAUCUGUGAUGGCUGCGAUAGAGCAAGUGCUGCAAAGACGUAAGCUGAAGUGGGAGCUAGGCGAUGCUAGAUAUAAAGUCAUACUGGAUAAUCCAUCGACCUCUCCUCCUGAAGAAGUCAACAGCACGAGCAGAAAUAAGUCCCGUGCAUCGAAUUUGAACGGCCCUAGCUCAACUAUCCCAUCGAAAACCCCACCUACUCCUGCGACAGCUUAGUCUGCACAAGUAUCUUCGGAAGUAACAUCUAUUUUCUUCUCCUCGUUCUUCGCGUAUUGACGAUAAAGGACAGACGAAAGUUGUCGGACGCGUUCCAGGAGCUGGAGAAGCAAUUGGCUGCAUCUAGUGAUGAGGACCUGGGUGAGACGAGGAGAAAA